UUGAUAUUGUACGUGGUUGUAUUCUAUAGCGAGCUGGUUGGAAAAUGGCGGCGAUUCAGGAAAUCAUUUGGGGAAUGGUGUCAUGGCGACAUUGAUAUUGCCCAGCUUGCCGAUCGUAUCAUAGAACCACCGCCAGCGCAGAUAGAUCUUGAUUCUGUGCUCCAUAUGUGCAGUAGUAACCCUGUGCAAAUUCGUGAAGAGGUGUCACUAUUACUGGAAGAUAUGUAUCUGAGGUUAAAACGAAGUCUGUUCGCUGGUGUAUCAACGGCAUUUUUGUCAAUAUUCCUCCCAUGCGUAUUUGUACCG